AUGACGCGUGUGAGUAACUGCGCCGAUCAGAGCUAUAUUCCCGUCAAGAUGAAGGAGGCGGUGCUUUUCUUCGCGUACGAGAACCCGGUGAUCGCGGCGCUUGAGUGCCUUGUGUGCAAGUUGCACCUGGAGGAAUCUUGCCUGAGCUGUCGCGAGAAGGGAAGGGCCGUGGAGGACUGCCCCGUGGUGCGUGGGACAUGUGAGCAUACCUUUCACGAGCACUGCAUAAAAAGUUGGUGCCUUCAGCGGGGAGAGUGCCCGGUUUGCUUUAACGUGUGGGUUCCCGCAAGUUACAUCCAACGUUCAUGA